AUGUCUGAAGUUGUUCAACAAAUCUUAUCACAGCAUGACUAUGAAAUAGUCAAAAUGAUUGGAAAGGGUGGCUCCGGAUACUGCUAUCUUGUCAAGAGUCUUAAAUUCAAUCAAGAAUUUGUUUGCAAAGUAACCAAAUGCGCUAAUGUUGAUCCCAAAAUAAUCGAAUCACAUAAAUCAGAAGCCCAGAUUCUCAGUAACCUCAAUCAUCCAAACAUUGUCCGAAUCUACGAUUAUUUUAUCGAAUCUAACAUUGUUUUUCAGAUUUUAGAAUAUUGUUCUGGUGGUUCUUUGAUAGACUUAAUCAAAUCAAACGAGAAAUUGUCAUCAAACAAGAAGAACAAAAUUUUUUUAGAAAUUGUCGACGCCUUAGUAUUCAUGCAUCAAAAAGGCAUAGCUCACUGCGAUAUAAAGUUAUCCAACAUUCUCUUAGAUCAGUUUGGCCGCGUUAAGAUCUGUGAUUUCGGUUUAUCUCAUUUGAUUUCCAAAUCCAAGACACUUAAAUGCGACAAAUCAGUUAGAGGCACAAUGAACUAUAUGUCUCCUGAAAUAUUACUCGGUAUUGACUACGAUCCAUUCAUGGCCGACGUUUGGGCUGUCGGAGUAACAUUUUAUACAUUAGUUACUGGCCAAUUCCCAUAUGGCAGCUACAGCUCUAACACCAUUCUUAACGAGAUAGAUGCAGGCCAUACAAAGCUUGAUCCAAAGUAUGGACCAAUGUCUGAGAUCGUUAACUGGUGCAUGAAGAUUGAACCUCAGCACAGACCAACGAUGUCUCAGCUCCAAUCGAAGAUGGUAGAGCUCUUCAAACCAAACGUAGAACCAAAGGCAAAGUCAACUUAUAAGGUUUUGAAGUCUGUUGCCCAACAUCAGUUAAUUACGGGCAAGAAAAGACUCUCUCCAUCUUCUUCCGGUAUUCUUAAUAUUGUUUAA